CCCGACUCGGCGUCGCACAGCAAAGCAACCCCCCAUCUCUCUUUUUUUUUUGUACUCUUCCAUUUCCGCGCUACGCUUACGCGGCAAACCACCACGCCUCUUCCCUUCCCUCCCGUUGCCGUCCGCCAUGGACACCGUCUCUUCCUCCUCUCCUUUGGUGCUCAGUUCGAACAACACUAAGAGGGCGCGUGACGCCGCCGAGGAUGAGGCGGAGGCCGCCAAGAGGCUGCGGCCGGAGGACCUGCUCGACAUGCUCGACGAUGACACCGACGCCCAGGGCGCGGCCGGCGACCUCGCGUCCGUCAUGCGGAGCUUCGAGGAGGAGAUAGCGGCCGGGGAUGUCUCCGAUGCUGUCGCCCCCACGCAGCCGGAGCUCGGGUUCCUUCUGGAGGCUUCCGACGACGAGCUCGGCCUGCCGCCCGCCACCGCCUCCUCGUCGGAGGAGGAGGCCGGGGCAGGGGAGCCCGAGGAUGCCAUCGGGUUCGGCGGACAGAUCUGGGGGUUCGAGGACGAGAUGGGAGGAGGAUACGCCGGUUACACCCUCACCUCGCCGGAGGCGGCGGCCGCCGCCGCCGCCGCGGCAGAGUGGGACGACGACGGCUUCGACGCCGGGCUGUUUGGGUACGCCGACGAGGCAUGCGGGCCGUCGGAUCUCGCGGCGCUCCGUCACGAGACCAUGCCUGCCGUCUGAUUAGGCCCCCCAAGUCAAAGUGGAUUAGUUUUUUUUUACUUGUUUUUUUACCUUUGGCUAACCUUAGCACUACCCUUGUUUAACCUUGGAUGUAAAGUUUCUAGUAGAAGGUUAAAAACAGAGGGGAGGAAACUUGGAAAAAAGUUUCAUGGAUGGAGAGUAAGAAAAACAGAGAGGCAGGCACGGCUUUAAAAAAAAAUCAGAUGACAUGCCUCCCAAACAAAUGAGAUGAAUGGCUUCAUACUAGUACUACGACCUUACAUUAUUUUAUUGCAAGCAAACAAAAGAUUUAAUUUUCA